AUGCAUCUUCUUCUCUACGCCCAUGUCUUCCUGUGCUGCUUCAGUGUGGCCCAUUCCUUCUGUCCUUCCCAGUGUACCUGUGUUUACCAUGGACGGAGUGAUGGAACGGGGACCAGGUAUUUACCAUAUUUCUUACAGGAGGUUGUCUUUACAUAUUUUAUUAUAUUGGAAUCUGGAUCAUUUUUCACAGAUUUUUUACAAAUGGUCUGUAUUUGUAUGUAAACCCUGUCCUCUAGGUAUUACCUCUUCCUCUUGUAUCAGAACCUUGUCCUUAGUACAGGAUUGUUUUAUAUUGGAACUCCUGUCCUCUUAGUUUUCAAUCCUGUCCUUUGUAUCAGAUGUCCUUGUAUUACUCCUGUCUCUUAGUAUUAAACCUCCUGUCCCUCUUAGUAUCAGAACCUCCUGUCCCUCUUAGUAUUAGAACCUCCUGUCCCUCUUAGUAUCAGAAACCUCCUGUCCCUCUUAGUAUCAGACCUCCUGUCCCUCUUAGUAUCAAACCUCCUGUCCCUCUUAGUAUCAGAACCUCCUGUCCCUCUUAGUAUCAGAACCUCCUGUCCCUCUUAGUAUAAACCUCCUGUCCUCUUAGUAUCAGAACCUCCUGUCCCUCUUAGUAUCAAACCUCCUGUCCCUCUUAGUAUCAGAACCUCCUGUCCCUCUUAAAGUAUCAGAACCUCUGUCCCUCUUAGUAUCAGAACCUCCUGUCCCUCUUAAUAUCAGAACCCCUGUCCCUCUUAUUAUCAGAAACUCCUGUCCUCUUAGUAUUAUAACCCCCUGUCCCUCUUAGUAUCAGAACCCCUUCCCUCUAGAUUAUAAACCCACCUGUCCCUCGUUAGUAUCAGAACCUCCUGUCCCCCUCUUAGUAUCAGAACCCCCUGUCCCUCUUAGUAUCAGAACUUCCUGUCACUCUUAGUAUUAGAACCUCCUGUCCUCUUAGUAUCAGAACCUCCUGUCCUCUUAGUAUCAGAACCUCCUGUCCCCUUAGUAUCAGAACACCUGUCCCUCUUAGUACUCAGAACCUCCUGUCCCUCUUAGUAUCGAACCUCCUGUCCCUCUUAGUAUCAGAACCUCCUGUCCCUCUUAAUAUCAGAACCUCAUGUCCCUCUUAGUAUCAGAACCUCCUGUCCCUCUUAGUAUUAUAACCCCCUGUCCCUCUUAGUAUCAGAACCUCCUGUCCCUCUUAGUAUUAUAACCCCCUGUCCCUCUUAGUAUCAGAACCUCCUGUCCCUCUUAGUAUCAGAACCUCCUGUCCCUCUUAGUAUCAGAACCUCCUGUCCCUCUUAGUAUUAUAACCCCCUGUCCCUCUUAGUAUCAGAACCUCCUGUCCCUCUUAGUAUCAGAACCUCCUGUCCCUCUUAGUAUCAGAACCUCCUGUCCCUCUUAGUAUCAGAACCUCCUGUCCCUCUUAGUAUCAGAACCUCCUGUCCCUCUUAGUAUCAGAACCUCCUGUCCCUCUUUGUAUUAUAACCUUGUGUCCGACCUCUUAGACUUUGAAUUAUGAGUUUAAUAGAGGUGCACGUUUUCUCAAUACCUAUCCCAUGUUUAGAAUAACUGCAACUCAAGUGUUGGAAACACAAAGUACAGAGCUCUUCAAUCCUGGUCAGUUUUCUAGGCUUUUGUCCCAGCCCAGCGUUAACGCACAUACUCAAGCUAUUAAGGGCUAGAUGAUCAGAUGAAUCAGGUGGUUUAGAAGGCUACUGGGCUGGAACAACACCCUGUGGUUCUCAAGGACAAGGACUGAAGAACCCUCCAACCCCUUCCGAAUGGUAAUCACUGAUCUGACUAUACUGGAUAGGUGAAAGCUAUUUUAUGGAACUCUAGCUUUGGAGAGAGAAAAUAUGAGUUUUUGAUAUAUUUAAACUGAGCUUAUCUAUUCUGACCCUCUCAGAUCUGUGCUGUGUAACGACCCAGACAUGUCCGACAUCCCCGUCAACGUCCCCGUGGAUACGGUCAAACUGCGGGUAGAGAAGACGGCAGUGCGGCGCAUCCCCACCGAGGCCUUCUACUACCUGAACGACCUGCGCUACCUGUGGAUCACCUACAACUCUAUCUCGUCUGUGGACGCUGCCGCCUUCUACAACCUCAAGGUCCUCCACGAACUGCGACUGGACGGGAACCUGAUCUCCACCUUUCCCUGGGAGUCCCUAAAGGAGAUGCCUAGUCUGAGGACGCUGGAUCUUCACAACAACCAAUUGACCAGCGUGGCUGUGGAGGCUAUCCCGUAUCUGGUCAACAUCACCUACCUGGAUAUCUCCAGCAACAAGCUGACCACUCUGUCUUCGGACCUCGUGGAUAUCUGGCCGCCGUUCAACAGAAUGCAUGUCUCCUCCAACCUGUCCCAGAAAGUGGUGCUCGGUAAGAGAACUGAGGUUGAAGUGUGAGUGGGUGAUGUGGGGAUGAGGGUUUAAGGUUAGGACUUUGGGCAGGGGUGCACAACCCUCCACCCUCAAGAGCUAUAGAUGUAGAAUUUGAUCACCCUGAUGCAGGAUAACUUUUCUGCAACACAAACUUGUAGUGUAUUUGAGGUUUAAAAAGGCUUCUGAAGUUUAUAAUUUCCACUUAGACAUUUCUGACUUGAUUUUCCUUUACAAAAAAAGUAUUUACCCCUACAAAAUGUCCAUUAAUAAUAAUCCACAUAAUAAUUAAAAUGUCCUGUUGCUGCAGGAUUAUUUUCCUGCUGUAGCAAAUUGUCUCAAAUUAAGAUCCUACAUCUGUACUGGUUGCGCAAGCUUUUGCCCUGACUAGAACACAUGCUUCUACUGAUCAGCUGCUCAUGAAAUCCAUGGCAAUCGUUAUGACAAUACCUCAACGUGAUGGCACUUUUUUUCUGGCACGUGGACUGUAAUGCAAUGUGUAUACUUAGUGACUGCUAAGUUUAACCUAAAGGCAUAUUUCCAUCUUCACAUUGAGGUUCCAAGACCUAUUUGGGUAACUCUGUAUUUGGAAAGUCCAUCUAUAGAUGCUCAACAGACUAUCAAUAGACUAUCAACUACAGUUGAAGUCGGAAGUUUACAUACACUUUAGCCAAAUAAAUUUAACUCAGUUUUUCACAAUCCCUGACAUUUAAUCCUAGUAAAAAAUCCCUGCUGUAGGUCAGUUAGGAUCACCAUUUUAUUUUAAGAAUGUGAAAUGUCAGAAUAAUAGUAGAGAGAAUGAUUUAUUUCAGCUUUUAUUUCCUUCAUCACAUUCCCAGUGGGUCAGAAGUUUACAUAAACUCAAUUAGUAUUUGGUAGCAUUGCCUUUAAAUUGUUUAACUUGGGUCAAACGUUUCGGGUAGCCUUCCACAAGCUUCCCACAAUACAUUUGGUAAAUUUUGGCCCAUUCCUCCUGACAGAGCUGGUGUAACUGAGUCAGGUUUGUAGGUCUCCUUGAUCGCACAAUUUUUCAGUUCUGCCCACACAUUUUCUAUAGGAUUGAGGUCAGGGAUUUGUGAUGGCCACUCCAAUAUCUUGACAUUGUUGUCCUUAAGCCAUUUUGCCACAACUUUGGAAGUAUGCUUGGGGUCAUUGUCCAUUUGGAAGACCCAUUUGCGACCAAGCUUUAACUUCCUGACUGAUGUCUUGAGAUGUUGCUUCAAUAUAUCCACAUAAUUUUCCUUCCUCAUGGGAUUAAUUUGCACUUUUCGCACCAAAGUACGUUCAUCUCUAGGAGACAGAACGCAUCUCCUUCCUGAGUGGAAUGACGGCUGCGUGGUCCCAUGGUGUUUAUACUUGCGUACUAUUGUUUGUACAGAUGAACGUGGUACCUUCAGGUGUUUGGAAAUUGCUCCCAAGGAUGAACCAGUCUUGUGGAGGUAUACACAUUUUUUUCGGAGGUCUUGGCUGAUUUCUUUUGAUUUUCCCAUGAUGUCAAGCAAAGAGGCACUGAGUUUGAAGGUAGGCCUUGAAAUACAUCCACAGGUACACCUCCAAUUGACUCAAAUGAUGUCAAUUAGCCUAUCAGAAGCUUCUAAAGCCAUGACAUCUGUUUUAAGGCACAGUCAACUUAGUGUAUGUAAACUUCUGACCCACUGUAAUUGUGAUACAGUGAAUUAUAAUGAAAUAUUCUGUCUGUAAAGAAUUGUUGUAAAAAUUACUUGUGUCAUGCACAAAGAAGAUGUCCUAACCAACUUGCCAAAACUAUAGUUUGUUAACAAGAAAUGUGUGGAGUGGUUGAAAAACGAGUUUAAAGACUCCAACCUAAGUGUUUGUAAUCUUCCGACUUCAACUGUACAUGUCCACAGCAUUUAGGUGCAGUAGCUGCAUGUUACCAGGUCAACCUAUUUUAGAUCCACCUCAUAAGAAGUGGGGAGUUAAAGUUAUCAUGCAAUGAUAGUCCCUUUCUGACCUUGGGCUUUGACAAAUCUAAUUAGUUAUUUUUCCAUGCUUUGAUUUGUACAAACAUGCCAUGUAUUUUGGGCUUCACACUAAAUCUUCAGAUUGUGUGAAGGUGUAAGCAGGCCCUCAGAUGUACCCAGGUUUUCAUUGGCAUGCCAAAUGCUGAAUAGAAUGCUGAUGUACAAACUGAUGUAUACAUUGUAGAGAGCAUUCGGAUACAAGACAAAUAAAUAAAUACAUCAAUAAAUAAACCGGGAAUUGUUAAGGGACUUACCAAUGGGACAUUUCUAAAACAAAUCACAUGUACAAUGUUGUUUAUGACUGAAGAAGUAUAGAAUUCAUUAAGACUGAAGGUUGCCCAUCUUAAAGAAAAUACUCUCUCUUUCACUCUGUCUGAGAACUAGCUUGAAGAGUGGGAUAAUGUUAAUGGUGUGUUUAAGGACCAGCUAGCUUAUCCAUACUGAAAAAAGUUGUUGUAUUCGCUGGUGUCCUGGAAGGAGAAACAAGAUUAGCCUUUCCCUAAGGAAGACACACAACGUCCCAUGUAAAGAAUAUAGACACUUCCCGUACCAUCACAUUAUAGAAUAACCUUUUCAGCACUGUUCAGAGGUUGGCCCACUUCAAUGCUCAAAGGCUGUAUCAAGAGUGUAUCACAGAGCAAUAUUUGAGCUAGUCUUCAGUAAAACAAUUCUCUUAACUGAAGUUUUUAAUGAUACCCUGAGCUAACAUAAAACAAAUGAUUAGCGGUUAAUGUUUUCUUUCUUUUUUCUUUUCUUCCAUCUAUUAAAGGGGCAAUCUGGAGUUCAAACAAUAACAAAAUGGACACCCCGCCACUGUUUUGGUAAAAGCUGAGGAAUAGGGCUGAAGAAAUGUCAACACUCUCAAAUUCAUAGACAGAGCUAUGGAUGGAAGGACUGACCAUCCAUGAUGUCACAAUAUAGUUUUAACCAUGUUGAGGCAAUACAGUGUUUGUUUAAAAUUACAGUGUUUACAAACAAUGGAGAAAAAAAAGCUUAUAUUUUGGGGUUUUAUGGGGUAAGACAGUUGAACUAAGCUCAUGGGGUAUUUAUAAGUGGUAUUCUUCAAGAAUCAAUGGGUAUACUGUACAUCAUUAAUUCAAAAGUCCAAAAAUGUAACAACUACAGAUUGCCCCUUUAAAAGACCAGGUAGUGCACUGUAGUAUGUUGGGAAAAAAGCCAACAACAGGUUUAGAGUUUGUGGUUGGGUUGUCCCCAGUUAAGUACAACUAAUCUGGUUAAGCAUGGUUAAGGGGUUUCCACAAUACACAUGCACUUCCACAUGUGUGUGUGCGUGUGUGCGUGUGAGUGUGUGAGUGUGCAUGUAAGUGAAUGAGUGAGUGAGAGAGAGCGAGAGAGCGAGAGACCGAGAGAGCGAGAGAGCGAGAGAGCGAGAGAAAGAAAGAAAGAAAAAAGAAAAAAAGAAAAAAAGAAAAAAGAAAGAAAGAAAGAAAGAAAGAGAAAGAGAGUGUAUGUGUGUUUGAGUGUGUUUAUGUACAGUAGCUGUGUUUCUGUUAGCAUGUGUGUCUGUGUGUGUGUUCUGCGAAAGCGGCUCUACCCUCCUUUCACACGCAUAACAUGCUAGUAACUUAAUGUCAUUUGUAAGAGAUGAUACGACUCCAAAUCUGACCCAUGUCUGACCCUCGGUCUGAGAAAUCCCAUCAUUAGGGUAAUAGAAGGAUGGCUCAGUUGUAACGCUACUGUAUCCAUACCUAGAAUGAGAACACUAAGUUACACAUGCUAGCUGUACAGAACUGUACAGAAAAUUAACUAUGUAUAGUUUUUUUUUCUAUAAUGUUGGCGGGAAAAUAGAUGAACAUGGAAUUCAUAGCAUAUUAUGCCGUCAAUGUUUUUGUUGACUUUAGAUAAGUACAAGAUGUCAUACUUGAGUAAAAGUAAAGAUACCUUAAUAGAAAAUGACUCAAGUAAAAGUGAAAGACACCCAGUAAAAUAGUACUUGAGUAAAUGUCUAAUAGAAUCUAGUUUUAAAUGUACUUAAGUGCAGUAGUGGAAAACGUACUAAAUUGUCAUACUUAAAGUAAAUGCUAUGCAUCAAAUUCCUUUUAUUAAGCAAACCAGAUGGCUGGAUUUUCUAGUUUUGUUAUUUAUUUAUGGACAGCCAGGGCCACACUCCAACACUCAGAUAUAAUUUACAAAUGCAGUAUUUGCGUUUAGUGAGUCCACCAGAUCAGAGGCAGUAGGGAUGACAACGCGUUAUCUUGAUAGGUGCGCGAAUUGGACCGCAUUGCUGUCCUGCCUGAGAAUUCGAAAUGUAACGAGUACUUUUGGGUGUCAGGGAAAAUGUAUGGGAGUUAAAAGUACAUAAUUUCUUUAGGAAUGUAGUGGAGUAAAAGUAAAAGUAGUCAAAAAUAUAAAUAGUAAAGUGAAGUACAGAUACCCUAAAACUAUUUCAGUAGUACAUUACAGUGUUUUUAUGUAAGUACUUUACACCACUGUUUAUUGAUCUUUACUCCCACAUUUCGUAACCUAGUUAUUCACACAUUUACAUACAACUAUCAAAGUAUUUAAUAAUGAUUCAUAAGAUCAUUUAUGACAUGUUAAAUAUAGGUCCUUAUAAACCAUUUACUAAUCAUUAGUUAAGUAUUUUGCGUGGCCUAAAGUGUGUUCUAUUUACACUUUAUAAAUACUUUAUAAAUGUUUUGAGUAACCAGUGUAAUUUCUCGCAAAAAGAUGAACAUGCCAUAGACGGGUUGGUUGUUUAGCAACAAAACCAAUGCGUGUGCAACUAUGGGACAAAACAGACUACCUUUUUCUUUUGCCAUGCGAAAAACCUUAACUAAUGAUUGGUUUAUAAGGGCCUAUAUUAAACAUCUUAUGAAUAGAGAAAUGUUUAGUAAAUUAUUAAUAAACGAUUUACUAAUCCAUUAUAAAGGCUUUGUUACAUGGAGUUAUUAUAAAGCGUGAGCAAUUGUAUAAUUUGUGUAUGAGCUAGGAGAGACUGGAGUCCACUCUUUGAGUUUGUUUACAUUCGUAGCCACAUUACUAUUAGCAUUUAUCAUUGUUAGCAUGUUCUUCGUCUCUGAACCACUGCACAUUCCUAACCUUUUCACAAACAUUAAUUUACAUUUAAUUUAGCAUAACUAUCACAAACAUUUCCUCUCUUUUCCCCUCCAGGUCUUCAGGACAACCCGUGGGUCUGCGACUGCAGGAUCUCCAAGCUGAUCGAGCUCUCCAAAAUGUCUGACACGUCAGUAGUCCUAAUGGAUCAGUUCCUGUCCUGCAGCGGGCCUGAGAACCUGGCUGGGGUUAUGUUCCAAAGGGCGGAGCUGGACCAAUGUCUCAAGCCAUCCGUCAUGAUGUCAGCCACCAAGAUUACAGCCUCUUUGGGAAGCAAUGUGCUUCUUCGCUGUGAUGCCACGGGUUACCCCACACCUACCCUCAUCUGGACCACUUCAGAUGGCUCACCUGUCAACAACACAGGUAUCAACAGUGAGACAUUAUAUUAUAAGAAAAGGCAUACAGUGUCUUAUUCAACAUGUUUUUCAACAAUAGUUUUAGAUUUCAAAAUUGAUUUGUUAGGAUUUGCUAUUGUUCUACAGUUGAUCUUUGAGAUUCAUUCAAAGAAAGUCUACAUCUUGGUGAUGAUUAAGUCUUGGCAUUUCCAUGAUCUACCUACAGUUGUCCAGGAGUCUCCGGGAGAAGGUGUCCGAUGGUCCGUCAUCAGCCUAAAUGGGAUCUCAUACAAAGACGACGGGGAGUACAGCUGCAAGGCUAAGAACUUCGCCGGUAAUGCAGAGGCUGCCAUCAGCCUGUCUGUGGCAGGUUAUGUCGCUACAACCAUGCCCCCACAGAGGCCCAAUGGAGAGGCUGAAGGGAAUAGCCCAUCCACAACGUCCUCUGCUCCGGCAACUGGCUUCCCCAACUCCCCUAGCACCCUGUUUACCACCACCGCCCCAGCCACGACCACGCUGCCACCUGUCCCCACCAAGAAGAAACUCACGCCCAGCAACGUGCAGCAGAAAGCCCCACCCAAACCAUCCAAGAUCCAGCAAGGCAGCGACAAUAUGCUGGCGGCUGAUCAGAGCAAAAAGAAAGACGCUUCCAAGUCCGUCCAAGAUCUGGAGAUCGUGGAGGAAACGGUGGACAGCGCUGUUCUACUCUGGACGGCCGACGGUUUGCCGAGCGAUGCCCCUCUCACCGUUGUGUACUCUACUUACGACGAUGAGGACGACUCCAAAAGGACAAUGGAUACCGAUGCUGGGAGUGGCAAGGUCCUCCUCGAAGGCUUGACUUCUGGAAUGAGGUACCAGGUUUGUCUGGUUACCAAGGGAAGUGCCGCAGGGAUAGACCCCUGCAUCAACUUCUUCACACUGGACAUUGUUGAGGACGAUGCCGCAAACCAGCUGCUGAUGAUCGUCAGCGGCAUUGCCUGCGCCAUGGCUUUACCUGUCAUCGGUCUGCUGGUCUACAAGAUCCUCUCACUCUACUGCCAGAGUAGUGUGCCAGGUUUGGAAGACGAUCUGUCUAAAGACACGUAUGUGAAGUUCGAGACACUGUCGAUGAAGCAGAGAACCUUGAACGCUAAUCCCAGUGAAUUGUGGGCCCGCAGGCAGACCGAGGAGUCCCAAGAGAGGAUGCUCCUCUUCUCGAGGUCCAGCAUUGACUCACAAAUGACAUACAGGAGUGACAGUUCCAGGUCAGAAUUUUUGUGCUAG